GGGAAAGUGAGAAAGCACGCCCAUGGAGAAUCAUCGUACUGUAUUUCCUUCUCCAGUUCUACUUCUUUGUGGGAUUUGGGGCACAUUAUACACAUACCUGGCAUGUUUCUCAAGCCAUGGGCUCAAGACUUUAACCACGUGGUGGGCCAAGUGGAAUCUAGCCCUCUUAACCACCAUGUUAUGGGCUGACCCAUUCAGACGAAGUCAUACGGAAGCGUCUGCUAAUUGAUGGAGAUGGUGCUGGAGAUGAUCGGAGAAUCAAUCUGCUAGUAAAGAGUUUCAUUAAGUGGUGCAACUCUGGAUCCCAAGAAGAGGGAUAUAGCCAGUACCAACGUAUGUUGAGCACACUGUCUCAAUGUGAAUUUUCGAUGGGCAAAACUUUGUUGGUGUAUGAUAUGAAUCUCAGAGAAAUGGAAAAUUAUGAAAAAAUUUACAAAGAAAUAGAAUGUAGCAUUGCUGGAGCACAUGAAAAAAUUGCUGAGUGCAAAAAGCAAAUUCUUCAAGCAAAACGAAUACGAAAAAACCGUCAAGAAUAUGAUGCUUUGGCAAAAGUGAUUCAACAUCAUCCAGACAGGCAUGAGACAUUAAAGGAGCUAGAAGCUCUGGGAAAAGAAUUAGAGCAUCUUUCACAUAUUAAAGAAAGUGUUGAAGAUAAGCUGGAAUUGAGACGCAAACAGUUUCAUGUUCUUCUUAGUACCAUCCAUGAACUUCAACAAACAUUAGAAAAUGAUGAAAAGCUCUCAGAGGUGGAAGAAGCUCAAGAAACAAGCAUGGAAGCAGAUCCUAAGCCAUAGGCUAAUCACUCACCAUUCCCUAAAAUACUGACAUAAUUACAUGAUCUUUAGAAUUUGUUAUGCUCUUGAGCUAUGUAAAGUUUCGGCUGGAAAGUUCUUUGCUUUUAAAUAUUAAUGACCAUUUUUCUCGUAUUCCUCACAAAAAGGCAAAUAACUUCAGUAUAAAUUUAUUUCUAUUGAAAUAGAAAUACUUUUUUUUAUUUUUAAACUUAAAAAGUAGGAAGCCCAUUAAAAAUGUUUAAUAAAAUAUUUUCAAGCCAGA